UGCCAAGUGAAGGCUAGCCGCACAGCCGGGCCUUUCUUCCGUCACCUCAGGUGCUCCGCCCUUUGCUUGCAGUGCCGGUCCUGGCUCAGUCCGCUGGCCCGGAAGAGGAGGGACCGGACACCGCACACAUCACCCUCGUGGCCGGCGGCCCGUGACGCACCAUGGGGUCUUUUGCGUCCAAGGCUGCCCUCGGGGCUACCACCGACGAGCCCACAGAACCCGAGCCGAAACACCUGGCAGAUCUAAUACAAUACGUAAACGAAACAAAUAUGAGUGUUAAACAUCUGGCUGAUGUUCUUUCUGAGAAGGCCAGGAGCAGCAGCUGGGUGGUAGUGUUUAAAGCCCUGGUCACUGUGCAUCACCUCAUGGUUCAUGGAAAUGAGCGUUUUAUCCAGCAUCUUGCAUCUAGAAGCUCUUUGUUCACUUUACACAACUUCCUGGAUAAAAGCGCGCUAGAAGGCUAUGCUAUGUCAACCUUCAUCAGGCGAUACAGCAGGUACUUGAAUGAGAAGUCACUCGCAUGUAGACUGAUCACAUCUGACAUCACCAAAGCCAGGAGAGGGAUGGAUGGUAUGAUGAGAACUAUGGAUACAAAACAGCUGCUAAACACUCUUCCAGUUAUUCAAAUUCAGUUGGAUGCUCUUCUUCAUUUUAAUGCAAAUCCUGAUCAGUUAACGAAUGGUAUAAUCCAUGCUGCUUUCAUGCUUCUCUUUAAGGAUUCUCUUCGCCUCUUUGCAGCCUAUAAUGAGGGGAUCCUUAAUCUGCUAGACAAGUAUUUUGAUAUGAGGAAAAGCCAGUGCAAGGAAAGCUUGGAUAUUUGCACCAAGUUCCUUGCAAGAACAACCAGGUUGGCAGAGUUCCUGAAAGUAGCAGAGGAAGUCGGAGUUGACCAGAAAGACAUUCCAUAUCUUACACAGGCACCCUACAGUUUACUUGAAGCCCUAAAACAGCAUUUAGCUUCUUUGGAAGAGAAAAAUGACAGUUUUCCUCCUUACAGUCUUCAGCACGCAUUGAUUCCCCCCAUCCCAAAUAAUCCAGUUGUGAAAACUUCAACAAGCAGAGCUUGGUUCUCAGUCCGCAAACGUGUUGGAGCCAAACGGCAAGGUGGAAAAACCAUUGCAAACAAUCUGGAUGGCUUGCCUGCUAGCCUUGCAGGAAAUCUUAACUUCGGAGAAAGUCCAGUCAACAAGCUGUAAAACCACCAGUUGGAACUUCUCGGCAUCUUAAGAUAAUCAGUGUUACUUCAGUGAGUGAAUCCCUACAUUUUCAGCCAAAAAAACUUCCAAAAGCAGGCAAAUGGAAACCAAAGGAAGGCAGAAGUGAUAAUAUUAACAACAAAUACUGUGGGAUGUAAGUUUAAAAACACUACACAGAUUAGGAGGGAUACCAUUACAAUGAUAAAAGACACUAUGGAGGCACUAUUUUGUGUAUACAUAAAGUUAAAUACAUGAAACAAAAAUUAUUAGAAAUACAUGGAGAAUUUAAGAAAAAUACAAUUAUAAGCAGUGAUUUCAAACCACCUCUUUCAUUAUUGGAUAGAUCUAGUAAGCAAAACGUGAGUAAGGACAUAGAGGAAUUUGAAUAAUGCAUAAUAAAUAAUAAACCUGAGUGCGCGCGCGCACACACACACACACACGGAAUGUUCAUUUUCUUCAAAGCAAUCACACCUUGGCAAAAAACUACAGAAUUUUACAGGCUAUAUUCUGUCAUAAUCUAAUGAAAUCAUAACUCAUUAAUAAAAAGUUGACCAUGGAUCUUAAC